CAAGGGGACCCUAGUUGAGUAAAAUGCAAACAACUCUUUCCUCCCAUUUCUCUAUUCACAAGUUCUCCAUUACACAAAUACUCAAAUCUCUCUACAAGAUUCUUACUCUCAACAAUCAAUCAUAUACCUUUUUUAGCUUUCAAUCGACUGCUUGUUUACCCACCUAAUCUACUAGUCUUAGCUUACCGACAAACGAGAGGGAAUAAAAGAAUACAAUUUGGGAUAAAACCAUUUGCGAUUUGCUGGUUUUUCAAUCAGUGAAUUGAAACUUCUCUGUCUGCAUCAGUUCUCUUAUUUGGGAGGAUUAUUAUUAGCGGGUAAUGCUGUUUGAUCAGGAGGCUGGUAUUGAGAAGACCGAAUAGGUUAUUCAAAGAAAAUGGAUUUAGGCCUACUAUUCCAACUUUUCAGUUUUGUCUUCCUCCUGCUGUUAUAUAUGGGCUGACGCGUUUGUUUCAUGGGAGCUGAGGACGAUGAUGAACCACCAUCAAAACGUGUGAAGGUAUCCUCCAGUCAAUUGGUAGAUAUUUCUGACAGGACAUUUGUUAGAGAUCCUGUAAGUUGUUCAUUGGGUGACUCGAUGGCUCGACCCCUGACUCUUCAAGGGGACGAUGAGGUUGUUGGUACAAAAGGAGUUGUCAAGAAAGUUGAAUUUGUUCGGAUUAUAACUGAGGCAUUAGAUUCUCUUGGUUACAAAAAGACUCGGGCCUUACUAGAGGAAGAGUCAGGGAUACCCUUGCACACUUCCGUCGUAAAUUUGUUUAUGCAGCAAAUUCUUGAUGGUAAAUGGGAUGAAAGUUUAAACACAUUGCGAAAUAUUGGUCUGGUGGAUGAAAAAAUUGUAAAGUUGGCAUCUUUUGUGAUAUUGGAGCAGAAGUUUUUUGAAUUGUUGCACAAGGAAAAAGUUAUGGAUGCUCUGAGGACACUGAGGGGCGAGAUCUCACCUCUUUGCAUAAACAAUGAUAGAGUCCAUCAGCUUUCGUUUUUCAUUAUAUCACCUUCUCAGCAGGUUCUUACUGGGGUAUCAGGUCAAGGCACAGCGAGAGUAAAGUCACGUACAGAGCUACUAGAGGAAUUGCAAAGAUUGCUUCCCCCAACAGUUAUGGUUCCAGAAAAGAGAUUGGUACAUCUUGUUGAACAAGCUCUUGACUUGCAACUAGAUGCUUGUAGAUUUCACAACUCUGUGGUUGGUGAAAUGUCACUGCUCAGUGAUCAUCACUGCGGAAGAGAUCAUAUUCCAUCUCUAACAAUGCAGAUAUUACAUGAACAUAAAGAUGAAGUCUGGUUCUUGCAGUUUUCCCAUAAUGGAAAGUACUUAGCCUCGUCAUCUGCCGAUUUUGCCGUAAUUAUAUGGGAGGUCAAAUUGGAUGGCAGUGUCUGCAUGAAACACAGACUUUUGGGUCACGAGACAUAUGUCUCGUAUAUAUCAUGGAGUCCUGAUGACCAUCAGCUUCUCACUUGUGGUGAAGAGGAAGCUGUCAUUCGGUGGGAUGUCGAGUCUGGUGUACGUAUACACACUUAUGAGAAAAAAUUUGUUAAGUUUAUCUCAUGCGGCUGGGCUCCUGAUGGAAAAAGGAUAUUCUGUGGUGUAACUGACAAAAGCAUUAGCAUGUGGGAUUUGGAAGGGAAAGAGCUUGAGUGUUGGAAAGGCCACAGGGCUACUAGAAUAUCGGACUUGGGGAUAACAAGUGAUGGGAAGCAUGUUAUCUCUGUUUGUAAAGAAAAUAUGAUAGUAUUAGUUGGAUGGGAAUCAAAAGUAGAGAGAGUAAUUCAGGAGGAUCAGGCAAUAACCUCAUUUGUAUUGUCCAUGGACAGUAAGUAUGUGUUGGUUAGUCUUUCAAACCAAGAAAUUCAUCUCUGGAAUAUCGAGGGAACUGUAAAACUUGUAGCCAAAUAUAAGGGGCAUAAACGUUCUCGGUUCGUUGUGAGGUCUUGCUUUGGAGGACUAGAUCAAGCUUUUAUUGCCAGUGGAAGCGAGGAUUCACAGGUUUAUAUAUGGCACAGAGGCUCAGGUGAACUUGUUGCGACACUGGCUGGACAUUCAGGGGCGGUGAACUGUGUUAGCUGGAACCCAACAAAUCCUCAUAUGCUGGCAUCUGCGAGUGAUGAUGGUACAAUUCGUAUAUGGGGCGAUAAUCGAGUAAACACAAAGCAACAUGACACUGCUAAUGGUGUGAACUACUGCAAUGGGCGAAGUUGAACUCUGAGAUGCAAAAGGGCAGCGUGUAACGUUACAAAUAUCUUUCAUCGCUAUCACUGGUUUCUGUGUAUAUUCUGUAUGUUCAUGUCGAAUCAACAUUUAUGACAAACAAGAAUGUGAAAUUUGCAUUCAGUCCAUUAAUAAAUCGUGUACUCUUUCCUCCAUA